AUGAAGUCUCACACAGUUUUCUUGUUGGUUUGCCUUGUUGCCACUGUUUUGAGUGCAUACGCCACAAAGGACGAUCAUUUCACUUCAGUUGGACCGUCUAAAUUUGAAAAUGCGGUUUUUGCUCAGACCAGACGAGUCAAGCGUGGUUGUUGGAACUAUUUCACGGGAAGUCGCUGUGAUAAUGAAGGGUUUUGGGGUUCAGUUGGUUACGAUACUUGCGAAGAAAAGUACGGUGGUGAAUGUCGCCGAAAAGGCCGCAGAGGUGCUUAUUGUUCAAAAGCCACUGAACGUUGCUUCGGGCUUACACGCAAUGCCAAGGUGUGCACAUGCUAC